AGCCCAGCGGCUGGUAGCGCCUCACCGCCGGGGAAGCAAGCGGCGAUACUGGCGCCCUCCUGAACAUUCAAAGAUCACAAACAACUGUCCUGUAAAAACAAGGAGGGAAAAACAAUCCUACUUGACAACAAUGAGGUAUUUUCACUUCUGUAAGCUUCCAGGAAGAGUUAUGGGAAUCCGCCUACUACGCUUCACUUCUGUGGUGAUCAUUGUCUUACUUCUUGUGGCAGGUGCUUUAACAGCUUUGCUUCCCAAUAUCAAAGAUGACAAAAUGCCCAAUUUGAGAAGGGAACCAAAAACCCAGAGUCAGUCUGGCUUGGAUUCAUUUACUCUUAUUAUGCAGACAUAUAAUAGAACUGACUUACUGCUAAAGCUUUUAAAUCAUUAUCAAGCCAUCCCCCACCUACAUAAAGUAAUUGUUGUGUGGAACAACAUUGGUGAGAAGAUACCAGAGGAAAUGUGGAAUUCCCUGGGGCCUCAUCCUGUCCCUGUUGUCUUUAAAGUUCAAACUGUAAAUCGCAUGAGGAACAGACUCCAGAAUUUCCCUGAGCUGGAAACAAAAGCUGUUUUAAUGAUGGAUGAUGAUACACUGGUCAGUGCUCAUGACCUUGCUUUUGCCUUUUCUGUUUGGCAGCAAUUUCCAGAGCAUAUAGUGGGAUUUGUUCCUAGAAAGCACAUUUCUACUCCUUCAGGUGUAUACAGUUAUGGCAGCUUUGAAUUGCAGAACCCUGGAUUUGGAAAUGGAGAUCAGUAUUCUAUGGUUCUUAUUGGUGCAGCAUUUUUUCAUAGUGGAUAUUUAGAAGACUUUCAAAGACAGCCAGAAGCUGUUUACGCCUUAAUAGAUGAAACUCAAAAUUGUGAUGAUAUUGCCAUGAAUUUUCUGGUAGCCAAGCAUACUGGAAAGCCUUCAGGAGUGUUUGUGAAGCCUGUUGAUAUAAGAAAUUUAGAAAAAGACACUAACAGUGGUUAUUCUGGAAUGUGGCACCGAGCAGAGCAUUUGUUACAGAGAUCUUACUGUGUAAAUAAACUGGUUAAUAUUUAUGAUGGCAUGCCUUUAAAAUAUUCUAAUAUCAUGAUUUCUCAGUUUGGUUUUCCUAAUUAUGCCAAUCACAAAAACAAAAUGUAAGCCAGUGAAUUUAAGGGGUUAGAUGUUAAACAAUACUCAGUGAAUUGUACUGAGUUCAAGGAGAGAAGAAGGUGUAAUUACUGCAUCUUGGCCAUCCUUAUUUGUAGCCUCUGAAUUUUUUCCAUAUGGCGCUUUAUGUAUUUUUUUCCUUUCUUACUAAUUCUCCAAGGUAAGUUUUGAGAAAACUUAAAGAAUAUAUACUAAUGUUUAGCUGUGAUAAAAUCAUCCUCUUUCCUUAAAACCUAAAAAGCUACUACAGUUAAUUAGGCCAGUUCUUCAGAAACAUGCAGACAAAAAUGCACUCCUACCCUUCAGUGCAUAUGUUUUGAUUUUUUUUUUUUUAAUAUAUGUAUCUAGUCAAAUGAGGUCUAGGCAUAUUUUUGAUAGUUAUAUGUUGAGAUGCUUCCUUGCCUUCCCCCUCCUCUCCUCACCUCCUCCUACCCGGUUCCCAGUGAAACUACAGAAGGGCUACAGUAAACUGUUGGCCAGGCUUCUAGACUCCUGUACAAAACCCCUUUGAAGUUUGUAUAUAAGCUAUUCUGUAUUCUGAGAUAUCUGAUAUCUGAAGCUGCUAUGAAAGCAAGCCAGAAAAGAGUACCUCACAUUAAUCUCAGAUAGUCCUAAAACCAUUGCCUACAAUAUCUACUACUGCUGAGAUAGUGGAAAAUGAUCUCUGAUGGGGCUUUUUUUCCUAUUAUUACUUUGCCUAGAGUUGCUGAAACACUGCAAGCAGCUGAAAGGUAAAAUCUAGCAGCUGGAAAUGUACGAAACAUGAAUACAUGAAAUAUGAAACUCAUACAAGCAGCCAGAAGAAAUGGAUGGGAUAUUACUUACUAAUACUCUCUUUAGUACUUAGUUUUAUUUUGAUAUUUGCAUGUACGUUGCUACAAAAAUGUGCCCUAGAAAAUCCUCACUUUUUUAAAAUGUCUUAUUUACAAUUCCUAAUAAGAGCAAGCUGUUCUACAUUUAUUACAGAGUGUACAUUUUGUAAUAUUACAGGUCUACUGUUUUUUUAACUACUCUUUCAAAUGAGUAUUUACUUUUUGGUUCCUUUCAUCUCUGGUUUUGGUGGCUAUGACAACAGAGUUAAAAUGUGCAAUGAAUAGGUAAAGCAUUAUUAAAAAAAGAAGUAUUUUAAGGUACAGUGAUAUUUGACAGGGCUGUACUAUUAUCAGUCUCUGAAUUCCCUGGCUUCAUCUAUAGCAAGAAACAGAGCUAUUAUUAAUAGCUUUUGUUAGAUUGGGACUUUGUAGUUCUGGAAAAGUUGUGUUAACAUAGACAGGACAAACCUUUUCCAUUGCAGUGACAGAACUUUUUUGUGGUAUGGAGGAAAGAAUAAAAGACAGUGAUUUGCCUGGUUCACAAGAGAGGAAUCAAAUCUGGCAUCUGAAGUAGAUUUAGUUUCAUCUGCCGUCAGCUUUUAAUUGAUUUUUAGUAUCAGUUCAAAGGUACCUAUGGGCAAUCAAUAACAGCUAAUACCUAGUACACAAAUAGCAUCUGCACAAAUGGUGUAUAAUUUUAUCAUUUUUUGUAAUAGGUUAGCUGAACAAAAAGUGGUUGAAAAAUGUGACAAGUUCAUUACAGCAGGGCUGAUUCUGGGUGUGAGUCUUUGGGUUUCUUUGGGGGAACGGAGGAUUCUUUUGCCUUGUUCUAUCAGUGUUAAAGGAUUUGUUUUCUGUUCAGUGAAGUCUUCCUAGUACUUUUUUAAGAUUUAAUGGGCAAAAUCUUAACAUGGCAAUGUAAAGUCUGCUUAAUUUUGUUGUAAUAGUAAAAAGUAGAUUUUAAUUAUUGUGCUGUAGUGAUAAGUAGUAUACAAACAGGUCUAUGAUCUUUCCAGAAAUGCAACUUUCCUAGUGGUAGUUUACUGCCUUUCAUUUACUUACUGGUCUUCCGUAAUUUCUGUUCUGUACAGUAUCAACUAGAAUUGUGAAGACUUACAGAUGUUGUUUACCUUACUUUUAAAAUGUGAAAUGAACUGUCAACCCAGCCAAAUCUUAGUAUUGGGUUCUUUGUUGGGGGGAAGGAGUUGUUUUGGGCUGGGGUUUUUUUCUGUUCUUCUGUAUCAGUGAAAGAAUUAAUAGAACAAGCUUUUAUUAUACUGGUAAAUUUAAUUUGUACCAUUGUCAAAUAAAAUACAUAA